AUGAUGGAUGUGACAAAUUUUCACGAAACUUCUCGCAAAGUGCUGAAACAGUGUGCCGAAAACAACAAUAUUGUACAGGCGUUGAUGAAGAAAUCACAUUUUCAAGCGGAUUUCAUGAAUCUCCUUGAUGUCAUGGAAGACAUGCGACAAAAGUGGGACGAGGAAAAAUCCAGAGCCGAUGCAUUGCAGGCACAGCUGAACAAGAAGGAAAGUGAUUACAGGUAA